UAGAGUUAAGAUGGCGGCAUGUGGGUGAGGAGGCUGUGGAGCAAGGCUCCGGAUUUCUGUCGCUAAAAAGGAUUUAUAUGAAACCACCAAGCAGUGACUACAUAGAAAACAAUAUUUCCCCCAUAGUAUAUACAUUUUCGUCUUGUUUGGAUCGAAAAGAUGACGUCUAUACACUUCGUGGUUCACCCGUUGCCCGGGACCGAGGAACAGCUCAAUGACAGGCUCCGGGAAGUCUCUGAGAAACUCAACAAAUACAAUUACAACAGUCACCCCCACCUUAGCCUUCUGGAGCAGGCCACAUUGAAGCAGUGUGUAGUUGGACCAAACCAUGCUGGUUUUCUUCUGGAGGAUGGGCGUGUGUGUCGGAUAGGCUUCGCUGUUCAGCCCGACCGCCUGGAGCUGGGGAAGGCUGAUGGCACAGAGGGUUCAAAGUUGAGCAGUGGGUCAGGGGCAGGAAGGAGCUCCAGGCCAGGCAGGACUAGUGAUCCCCCCUGGUUCCUGCCUGGGUCAGACACUUUGGGCAGACUGGCAGGCAACACCCUUGGGAGUCGCUGGAGCUCGGGAGUGAAUGGUGGUGGUAGUGGUGGCGGGGGUAGCAGUGGAGGAGGAGGCGGAGGAGGAGGAGGAGGCGGCGCCAGUGGAGGUGGAGGGAGUAGCGGAGCUGGAGGAGGGGGCAACGGUGGAGGAGGAGGAGGCGGCUCAGGCUCAUCGGGUCGCUCCUCCACGGCGGCCAGAGACUCGCGCCGGCAGACGCGCGUCAUCCGCACCGGCCGAGACCGCGGCUCGGGUCUGCUGGGUAGCCAGCCCCAGCCAGUCAUCCCCGCCUCAGUCAUCCCAGAGGAACUCAUCUCUCAGGCCCAGGUUGUUCUGCAAGGGAAGUCGCGUAGUGUGAUUAUCCGAGAGCUUCAGCGCACCAACCUGGACGUCAACCUGGCUGUCAACAACCUGCUGAGCCGUGAUGAUGAGGACGGAGACGACGGGGAUGACACGGCCAGCGAGUCCUACCUGCCUGGAGAAGACCUCAUGUCCCUGCUGGACGCAGACAUCCACUCUGCUCACCCCAGCGUCAUCAUCGAUGCCGACGCCAUGUUCUCUGAGGACAUCAGCUACUUCGGCUACCCCUCCUUCCGGCGCUCCUCCCUGUCUCGCCUCAGCUCCUCACGAGUUCUCCUUCUCCCCCUAGAGCGCGACUCAGAGCUGCUGCGCGAGCGCGAGUCGGUGCUGCGGCUGCGCGAGCGGCGCUGGCUGGACGGGGCCUCCUUUGACGCCGAGCGCGGCUCCACCAGCCGCGAGGGCGAACCCAGCCUGGACAAGAAGAGCGCGCCGCUACAGAGCCCCGUCUCCCUCACCGAGGAACUCCAGUGGUGGCCAGACAAGGAUGGCACCAGGUUUGUGUGCAUUGCAGCCCUGUACUCUGAGCUGGUAGCAGUGAGCUCCAAGGGGGAGCUUUAUCAAUGGAAAUGGACCGACCCCGAGCCCUACAGAAAUGCACAGAAUCCCUCAAUACAUCACCCACGCAUCUCUUCUCUGGGCUUGACCAACGAGAAGAUCACGCUGCUAUCCGCCAACAGUAUAAGAGCAACCGUAGCCACGGAGUCUAACAAGGUUGCGACGUGGGUGGACGACUCCCUGAGCACGGUGGCCUGUAAGCUGGAGCACGGUGCCCAGAGCUUCCCUGAGCUGCAGGGGGAGCGCAUCGUCUCCCUCCACUGUUGCGCCCUCUACACCUGCGCUCAGCUGGAGAACAGCCUCUACUGGUGGGGUGUGGUGCCUUUUAGUCAGCGUAAGAAGAUGCUUGAAAAGGCUCGAGCCAAGAACAAGAAGCCAAAGUCUAGCGCUGGCAUCUCGUCCAUUCCCAACAUCACAGUGGGAACCCAGGUGUGCCUGAGAAACAACCCUCUAUACCACGCCGGAGCCGUGGCUUUCUCGGUCAACGCCGGCAUCCCCAAGGUGGGCGUGCUGCUGGAGUCGGUGUGGAACAUGAACGAGAGCUGCCGCUUCCAGCUGCGCUCACCGGAGAGCCUGAAGAACAUGGACAAGAGCACCAAGACACAGGAGACCAAGACCGAGAGUAAACCUGAGCUGGUGAAGACUGAGAUGGGCCCGCCUCCCUCCCCUGCCUCCACGUGCAGCGAUGCCUCCUCCAUUGCUAGCAGCGCCUCUCUGCCCUACAAGCGUCGGCGCUCCACCCCUGCCCCAAAGGAAGAAGAGAAGGUCAACGAGGAGCAGUGGCCUCUAAGGGAGGUUGUCUUUGUGGAGGACGUGAAAAACGUCCCCGUGGGAAAGGUGCUAAAAGUCGAUGGUGCGUAUGUUGCUGUGAAAUUUCCAGGGACCUCGAGCAGCGUGGGCAGCCAAAGCGCCGCUCCCACUGACUCUGACCCGUCCUCACUGCUGCAGGACUGUAGGCUUCUGAGAAUAGAUGAGCUUCAGGUUGUAAAAACUGGGGGAACUCCUAAAGUUCCUGAUUGUUUUCAGCGCACCCCUAAAAAAUUAUGUAUCCCAGAAAAGGCUGAAAUUCUAGCCGUGAAUGUUGACUCCAAAGGAGUCCAUGCCGUGUUAAAAACAGGCAGUUGGGUUAGGUACUGUAUCUUUGACUUGGCAACCGGGAAAGCUGAGCAGGAGAAUCAUUUUCCUACCAGCAACCUUGCUUUUCUGGGUCAGAGUGAGCGCAACGUGGCCAUCUUCACCGCAGGACAGGAGUCCCCCAUUAUCCUGCGGGAUGGCAAUGGCACAAUUUACCCCAUGGCCAAAGACUGUGUGGGCGGGAUUAGAGAUCCUGAUUGGCUGGAUCUGCCGCCCAUUACGAGCUUGGGCAUGGGGGUACAUUCCCUUGUCAAUCUCCCCAGCAAUUCGACGAUCAAAAAGAAGGCUGCUGUCAUCAUCAUGGCAGUGGAGCAGAAGCAGACGCUGAUGCAGCACGUGCUGCGCUGCGACUACGAGUCGUGUCGUCAGUACCUGGCAGGCCUGGAGCAGGCCGUGCUGCUGGAGCAGAGCCCCCACGCCCUGGACGCCCUGCUGGGCCACCGCUGCGACGGCAACCGCAACGUGCUGCACGCCGCCGUCUCCGUCUGCUUCCCCGUCAGCAACAAGGAGACCAAGGAGGAGGAAGAAGCCGAGCGGUCGGAGAGGAACACAUUUGCGGAGCGUCUGUCGGCAGUGGAGGCCAUCGCUAACGCCAUCUCUGUCGUGUCCAGCAACAGCUCUGGCAACCGCACCGGCUCCUCCAGCAGCCGAGGCCUCCGGUUGAGGGAGAUGAUGAGGCGUUCCCUCAGGGCGGCGGGCGUGGGCCGUCACGAGUCUGGACCCUCCUCCAGCGACCACCAGGACCCCGUUUCCCCUCCCAUCGCACCCCCCAGCUGGGUGCCCGACCCCCCCUCUAUGGAUCCAGAUGGUGACAUUGAUUUCAUCUUGGCCCCUGCAGUGGGCUCCCUCACCACUGCCUCCACCGGCACCAGCCAGGGCCCCAGUACCUCCACCAUCCCUGCAGGGCCGUCAUCGGAGCCCUCCGUGGUGGAGUCCAAAGAUCGCAAGGCCAACGCUCACCUCAUCCUCAAGCUCAUGUGCGACAGCGUGGUGCUGCGGCCCCACCUGCGCCAGCUUCUCUCUGCCAAGGAUGCCCGUGGGAUGACACCGUUCAUGCUGGCAGUGAGUGGUAGAGCCUACCCAGCAGCCAUCACCGUCCUGGAAGCAGCUCAGAAAAUGGCAAAGGGUGACGCUGGCAGCGGGGAGAAGGAGGACGCCGACUCCCUCUUCAUGGAGAUGAUCUGCCCGGCCGGGACCAACCCGGACGACUCGCCCCUCUACGUGCUCUGCUGCAACGACACCUGCAGCUUCACCUGGACCGGCGCCGAGCACAUCAACCAGGAUAUCUUUGAGUGCCGGACAUGUGGACUGCUGGAUUCCUUAUGCUGCUGCACAGAGUGUGCCAGAGUCUGCCACAAGGGACAUGAUUGCAAGCUGAAGAGGACGUCUCCCACUGCGUACUGCGACUGCUGGGAGAAAUGCAAGUGCAAGACGCUAAUCGCCGGGCAGAAGGCGGCGCGCCUGGACCUGCUGUACAGGCUGCUCACCACCACCAACCUCGUCACCACUCCCAACAGCAGGGGGGAGCACAUCCUGCUGUUCCUGGUGCAGACGGUUGCUAGGCAAAGCGUGGAGCACUGCCAGUAUCGGCCACCCCGCAUCCGAGAAGACCGCAACCGCAAGGCUGCCAGCGCAGAGGACUCGGACAUGCCGGACCAUGACCUGGAGCCUCCACGCUUCGCUCAGCUGGCUCUGGAGCGCGUGCUGCAGGACUGGAACGCCCUCAAGUCCAUGAUCAUGUUCGGCUCCCAGGACAACAAAGACCCGCUGAGUGCGAGCAGCAGGAUUGCUCACCUCCUGCCUGAGGAGCAGGUGUACCUCAACCAGCAGAGCGGCACCAUCCGCCUGGACUGCUUCACACACUGCCUCAUCGUCAAGUGUGCCCCGGACAUCACGUUCAUUGACACGCUGCUGGGCACACUGGUGAAGGAGCUGCAGAAUAAGUACACCCCCGGGCGGCGGGACGAGGCGGUCAUGGUCACCAGGCGCUUCCUGAGGUCGGUGGCCCGCGUCUUCGUCAUCCUCAGCGUGGAGAUGGCCUCCUCCAAGAAGAAAAACAACUUCAUCCCUCAGCCCAUCGGGAAGUGUCGGCGCGUGUUCCAGGCUCUGCUGCCGUACGCGGUGGAGGAGCUGUGCAACGUGGCCGAGUCGCUGAUCGUGCCCGUGCGCAUGGGCAUCGCCCGGCCCACCGCCCCCUUCACCCUGGCCAGCACCAGCAUUGACGCCGUGCAGGGCAGCGAGGAGCUGUUCUCCGUGGAGCCUCUACCCCCCAGGCCCUCCCCAGACCAGUCUAGCAACUCCAGCCAGGCGGCUUCGUCCUACAUCAUUCGCACCCCGCAGCCUCACCGCAGCAGCCAGUCGCAGCCUGUACGCGGCCGCGACGAGGAACAGGACGACAUCGUUUCCGCCGACGUAGAAGAGGUGGAGGUGGUGGAGGGUGUUGCUGGAGAGGAGGAUCACCACGACGAUCAGGAGGAGCAGGGAGAGGAGAACGCGGAGGCCGAGGGCCAGCACGAUGAACAUGACGAGGAUGGAAGUGACAUGGAGUUGGAUCUGUUGGCAGCUGCCGAGACUGAGAGCGACAGUGAGAGUAACCAUAGCAACCAGGACAAUGCCAGUGGGCGGAGAAGCGUGGUCACUGCGGCGACAGCUGGAUCUGAAGCAGGUGCCAGCAGUGUCCCGGCCUUCUUCUCAGAGGACGACUCGCAGUCCAACGACUCGAGCGACUCGGACAGCAGCAGCAGCCAGAGCGACGACGUGGACCAGGAGACGUUCAUGGUGGACGAGCCCCUGGAGCGCACCACGGGCACGGCGCACGCCAACAGCGCUGCCCAGGCCCCGCGCUCCAUGCAGUGGGCCGUGCGCACCACGCCCAGCCAGCGCGCCUCUGGCGGAGCGCCGUCUAGCACCUCCACGCCCGCAGGUCAGACGCGCACACACGCAGCGAGCUCCACAGGCCUGAUCUACAUCGACCCGUCCAACCUGCGGCGCAGCAGCGCCAUCAGCAACAGCGCGGCGGUGGCGGCCGCGGCCCUGGAGGCCAGCAACUCCAGCAGCUACCUGACCUCGGCCAGCUCCCUGGCCCGCGCCUACAGCAUCGUCAUCCGCCAGAUCUCCGACCUCAUGGGCCUCAUCCCCAAGUACAAUCACCUGGUCUACUCCCAGUACCCAGCCGCCGUCAAGCUCACCUACCAGGACGCAGUCAACCUGCAGAACUAUGUGGAGGACAAGCUGAUCCCCACCUGGAACUGGAUGGUGUCCAUCAUGGACUCCACAGAGGCCCAGCUGCGCUACGGCUCUGCGCUGUCCUCCGCCGGGGACCCGGGUCACCCCAGCCACCCGCUGCACGCCUCCCAGCACGCCGGACGCCGAGAGCGCAUGACCGCCCGUGAGGAGGCCAGCCUACGCACGCUGGAGGGACGCAGGCGUGCUGCUACGUUGCUGACGGCUCGUCAGGGCAUGAUGUCAGCGCGGGGUGACUUCCUCAACUACGCGCUGUCCCUCAUGCGCUCGCACAACGACGAGCACUCGGACGUGCUGCCCGUGCUGGACGUGUGCUCGCUCAAGCACGUGGCCUACGUCUUCCAGGCCCUCAUCUACUGGAUCAAGGCCAUGAACCAGCAGACCACGCUGGACACCCCGCAGAUGGACCGCAAGAGAAAUCGAGAGAUUCUGGAACUUGGUUUGGACAAUGAAGAUUCCGAACAUGAGAAUGAUGAGGACACCAAUCAGAGUGUUGCAUUGGAAUUCCAAGAGGGACACAAGAGGAAGGCAGUUAGGCAGAAACGAGGCAAAAAGAAGCACACAUCUGGCAAAGGUUCCACACUGCAGGACAAGGAUGAUGAUCCGGUCCCCGCCGAGACGGGGCAGAACCACCCCUUCUUCCGGCGGUCCGACUCCAUGACCUUCCUGGGCUGCAUCCCGCCCAAUCCCUUCGAAGUGCCCCUGGCCGAAGCCAUCCCAUUGGCCGAUCAGCCCCACCUCCUACAGCCCAAUGCCAGGAAGGAGGAUUUGUUUGGCAGGCCAAGUCAAGGCCUCUACUCCUCAACAUACAUGGCCAGCAAAGGCUUAUCUGACCUCUCAAUGGACAGGAACUGCUUGGAGUAUCGGUACCAAACCAUACUAAAACGUAAUGACUCGUCCACCCAGAUCCUGCCCACGAAGAUGUCUUACUCGGCCAACAUGAAGAAUGUGAUGAGCAUGGAGUGUCGUCCCCGGGGCGAGGAGCAGGCUGCUGCUGACCAUGAAAUGGAUACCUCCAAGCCCGGCCCCUCACCCCACGACCUGGCCGCGCAGCUCAAGAGCAGCCUGCUGGCUGAAAUAGGCCUUACCGAGAGCGACGGACCCCCUCUGCCCUCCUUCAGACCCCACUGUAGUUUUAUGGGAAUGGUGAUCUCUCAUGACAUGCUGCUGGGCCGCUGGCGGCUCUCUCUGGAGCUGUUUGGAAGAGUCUUCAUGGAGGACGUGGGUGCCGAACCGGGAUCGAUUCUGACAGAGCUGGGCGGCUUCGAAGUGAAGGAGUCCAAGUUCCGGCGGGAGAUGGAGAAGCUGCGCAACCUGCAGUCGCGGGACCUGGCGCUGGAGGUGGACCGCGACCGAGAGCAGCUGAUCCAGCAGACCAUGCGGCAGCUCAACACGCACUUUGGCCGCCGCUGCACCACCACACCCAUGGCCGUGCACCGCGUCAAGGUCACCUUCAAGGACGAGCCGGGCGAGGGCAGCGGCGUGGCGCGCAGCUUCUACACCGCCAUCGCACAGGCCUUCCUCUCCAACGAGAAGCUGCCCAACCUCGACUGCGUGCAGAGCGUCAGCAAGGGAAUGCAGGCCAGCAAUCUGAUGCAGCGGUUGCGGAACAGAGAUCGAGAGAGGGAGAGGAGGAGUGGGGGGCUGCGAGCUGGCUCCCGCCGCGACCGUGACAGGGAUUCAAGAAGGCAGCUGUCCAUUGACACCAGGCCCUUCAGGCCGGCCUCAGAGGGGAACCCCAGUGACGAACCUGAUCCACUACCCGCACACAGACAAGCGCUGGGAGAAAGGCUGUACCCUCGCGUGCACGCCAUGCAACCAGCGUUUGCCAGCAAAAUCACGGGGAUGCUUCUGGAGCUGUCCCCCGCUCAGCUGCUGCUGCUCCUGGCCAGCGAGGACUCCCUGAGGGCCCGCGUGGAAGAGGCCAUGGAGCUCCUUAUUGCACAUGGAAGGGAAAAUGGUGCUGACAGCAUAUUGGACCUAGGUGUCUUGGACACCCCUGAGAAAGCACAGUCUCCGUCUCCGUCCCUGCAGCAGGAGAACCGGAAGCGGCACGGCUCGACCCGCAGCGUGGUGGACAUGGAGCUGGACGACCCUGACGACGCGGACGACAACGCGCCUCUCUUCUACCAGCCGGGGAAACGCGGCUUCUACUCUCCGCGGCCCGGCAAGAACACCGAAGCCAGACUCAACUGCUUCCGCAACAUCGGCAGGAUACUGGGGCUUUGUCUGCUGCAAAAUGAACUUUGUCCUAUUACCUUGAAUAGACAUGUCAUCAAAGUGCUGCUUGGAAGAAAGGUGAACUGGCAUGAUUUUGCCUUUUUCGACCCGGUGAUGUACGAGAGCUUGCGGCAGUUAAUCCUCCACUCCCAGGCUGGGGAGGCAGAAGCGGUCUUCUCAGCCAUGGACCUGGCCUUCGCCAUAGACCUCUGUAAAGAGGAGGGGGCUGGACAGGUGGAGCUUCUGUCUGGUGGGGUGAACAUGCCGGUGACCCCUUUGAAUGUUUAUGAGUACGUUAGGAAGUAUGCGGAACACAGAAUGUUGGUUGUUGCCGAGCAACCUUUGCAUGCGAUGAGGAAGGGACUUCUCGAUGUGCUGCCCAAGACGGCUCUGGAGGACCUGACGGCAGAGGACUUCAGGCUCCUGGUCAACGGCUGUGGGGAGGUCAACGUGCAGAUGCUCAUCAGCUUCACAUCAUUCAACGAUGAGUCUGGGGAAAAUGCAGAAAAACUGCUACAGUUCAAGCGCUGGUUCUGGUCCAUUGUGGAGAAGAUGAGUAUGACAGAAAGGCAGGAUCUGGUAUAUUUCUGGACCUCCAGUCCCUCCUUGCCGGCCAGCGAGGAGGGUUUCCAGCCGAUGCCCUCCAUCACCAUCCGGCCGCCAGACGACCAGCACCUGCCCACCGCCAACACCUGCAUCUCCCGCCUCUAUGUGCCACUCUACUCCUCCAAACAGAUACUCAAACAGAAACUCUUACUAGCCAUCAAGACCAAGAACUUCGGUUUUGUGUAGAGGUUGAUGAUGAGAAAAAAAGAAAACAUGUUUACUGUUGUGUAAUAUUACUAGUUCCAUUUUUGUAGAUUUAUUUUUUGUCUAUACAAUUUUAUGAAAUUUAAAGAAAUGCUGUCGCAUCCCAGGCGGUAAAUUUUGGUCUUUUGUUGAAGCAGACGGCUUGUUGUUUUAUUUUAUUUUUUGUUUUAUUUUUUUCUUCCUUUUCCAGAAAUAAUAUACAUUCCUGCAUUGGCUUUGUGAAAGUUGAGCCCGCAGCACCCAGUUCCAUUGGCUUGAACUGUGUAAUGUCAUAGGAAUCAUCUGGUCCGACAUUAAAAAAAUAAUAAUAAAGUGUCUGCCAAGCCCCAGCCAAAGAUGACAGCAGAAAAUAUUUAACAAAAAAUGACACUGUGAUUAUGGUUUUGUUUUCCUUCCCCUUCUGCCCAUGACAGAAAACUUAUCACUGAGAGAUCACAGCUGCCUUUGUGGAAAGUCAUUUUUCUUGUAUAGGGGGAGUAGGGAAUUUCAGAAUAAACUUGGAUGCAACUA